AUGGCGCGCAAACGCCAACAGACCGAACUGGAGGAAAAACGAACAGAAAAUGAAAAAGAAGAAAUUGAGCUGCUCGGAGAAGAAGAAUCCUCAAAGGAAGAAGAGAAUGAGGAGGGAAAGACACCAAAGAAUACCAGCGACACGCUGGAAAACACACUGGGAAACCUAAACAAGAACAUGGAAAUCAUGGCGGAGUCGAUGACUUCGAUGCACAAAGCCAUGAAAAGAAUGGCGAAAACUCAGGAUAAAAGUUUACCAAAGAGGAGGAAAGUCGAAAUGUCUGACUCAGACAUCGAUUCAAGCAUAGAAUCGGAAAAUUCCGAUGUAGACAGCGACUCGCUACUGAAAGAAAGCCCAGAGACCAAAAAGGGCGGGAAAAACGACCCAAAAGACGACCUACUAGAUAGCAUCGCGAAUGACCUUGAUGCAGAUGAAAAAAUUGGACCUGAUGUGUCUGAUAAGCUUGCUAACAUAGUAAACAAGCGAUGGUCGGAAAAAUUAAAUUCAGAAAAGCUUUCUGAUAAGCUUAAAAAAAAAAAACAUGCCCGACCCGGGAAUCUAAAAAAUCUGGUGGUACCAAGAGUUAACCCAGAGAUAUGGUCAAAUAUGAAUCACCAUAUUAAACGAGAGGACCUUAGGAGAGCCAGUACUCAAAACACUGUCGCUAAGGUCGGAUCUAUUCUAGCAAAGUGCACCGACAUUUUGCUGAAAGCUCGAAAUGACAACAAGAAAGAGCUAGACAUCGAUGAAAUGAUCGGAUUACAUACCGAUGCGAUAGCCAUCUUGGGACACACACAAUACGAACUGUCAAUGGCACGAAGAGAUGCCAUAAAACCCAGCUUGAAAAAAGAAUAUGCUGGGCUAUGUUCACAAAAUAUCCCUGUCACAAGCCUGCUUUUUGGAGACGAACUCCAACAACAACUAAACAACAUAAAAGCAUCAAACAGGAUCACACAAACAGCGGCGGGCGAACACAGAGAACGAAACACGUUCCGAAGGGAUAGCUGGAAGCAAAAGCAGUCAGACAAUUAUUUCAAAAGAUCCUAUCAGUCCCAAUACAGAGGGAAAUACCGAGGAAACCCAAAAAACUCGAGAUCCCCCUCCUACAAGAGAAAGGAGGGGGGAAAGAACUAAGCAUGGACGACAUACAGGUCAGUAAUUUUGAAAUCAACCUUGAUAAUAUAAAGCAGUACUUGAAUACAAAAGUUGACCGCUUUAAAGCGGGAAGGAUAAGAGAAUCCUACCAUUUGUGGGAAAAACUUACCUCAGACUCUGAGGUUCUGAAUACCGUUAAAGGUCAGACUAUUGAGUUCACCAGGACCCCUUAUCAGGCCAGAGCGCCUACUCAGAAAAAAUUCAGUGUUGAAGAGAGACAUAUUGUUGGGUCAGAGAUUAAAAAAUUGCUAGAUAAACAA